UAGACACCAGACAGACAUGUUGGAAGUUUCCGCAGUGAUGUGUUGAUGUGGCUGGAUUCCAUAGUCUGUCGCUAAAGUUGUAAUUUACUGUAAACAUUAUUCAUGGAUAACUCCGGUAAAGAAAAAGAGGCCAUGGCUCUGAUGGCAGAAGCCGAAAAGAAAGUGAAAUCCUCGCAGUCGUUCUUUGGCUCUCUGUUUGGGGGCUCUUCAAAGAUGGAGGAUGCUUGUGACUUGUAUGGAAGGGCUGCAAACAUGUUCAAGAUGGCCAAGAACUGGAGUGCUGCAGGAAAUGCUUUCUCUCAGGCGGCCCUCCUACACCUGCAGAUGCAGAGUAAACACGACGCUGCCACAAACUUCAUUGAUGCCGGCAAUGCCUUUAAAAAAUCAGACCCUCAAGAGGCCAUAAACUGCCUGAACAGGGCCAUUGAGAUCUAUACAGACAUGGGUCGAUUUACAAUCGCAGCGAAACACCACGUUACCAUUGCUGAAGUUUAUGAGACUGAACUGGUUGACAUUGACAAGGCCAUAGCUCACUACGAACAGGCGGCAGACUAUUACAAAGGCGAGGAGUCCACAAGUUCAGCUAACAAGUGCCUACUCAAAGUUGCCACGUACGCCGCUCAACUGGAGCAGUACCCUAAAGCCAUUGAGAUCUAUGAACAGGUUGCAACGCAUGCAAUGGACAGCACUCUGUUGAAAUACAGUGCAAAGGACUAUUUCUUUAAGGCAGCUCUCUGCCACUUCUGUGUGGACAUGCUUAAUGCUAAGCUUGCCCUCCAGAAGUAUGAGGAAAUGUUUCCAGCCUUUUCAGAUUCACGUGAAUGCAAAUUGGUGAAGAAACUUCUAGAUGCCUUUGAGGAACAGAAUGUGGAUGCAUAUACUGAUGCUGUGAAGGAGUAUGACACCAUCUCACGGCUGGAUCAGUGGCUCACCACCAUGCUGCUUCGUAUCAAGAAAACCAUACAAGAAGACGAAAGUGACCUUCGCUAAGAUCGUCCUUCUCACUUCUGCCCUGUUCCACUCGCUCUGCCUCGUGCCUUUAACAGUGUGACUUCCGUACGAUGGUUGACUAUCUCUUUUACCACCAGCUCAACUCUGUGCCUUAAUUUCCUUGCUUUACCUCAGACCUCUCUCUCUCUCUCUCUCUCUCUCUCUCUCUCUAUGAUACGACAUUGACAUGGCCGUACUGCCAGACCACAAAGAACACUAAAUAAAGAAGGGCUGGUUGUUUAAAUGUGAUUUGAGGGAGUGUUACAUGAGAACUGAAACCAGCCACAUUAUUAUAAAGGGGUGCUGUGCACACCAAGCUUCAGAAAUGCUUUGUCCUCUGGCUAAAAUGGAGCACCUGUAUCACUGAGCUCAAAAAAAGCCUUUGUUCAUUCUGUUAACCUCUUUAGUUGCGGCAUAUAUACUUUUAUUCUUAGCGGAAGUACCAUACCUUGCAUCUCUGCAUAUUUUUUGCUUGCUGAUUACUGCAUAGACUUAUCUUGAAAAAAUGAUUAGAAAUGCUGUUCCAUUUUUUUUUUAUAUAUAUAUAUUUUGACAUAAGGAGAAGAAAAAAAAAAAAGAGUAAAAGAAGGACUGAUUCAA